AGGGACCCGCCUGCUGCGCCCGACUGCCCGGCCAGUGUGGCUGCAGGCGCCCGUCGCCACCGCUGUCCCGGGGCUGCACGGCACCCAGGUGCCCAGCGCGGUGUGCGCUCCAGCGGCCGCAGCCCCCAGCGCGCUCCCCCGGGCCGCCGCGGUGCAUGUUCGCCUCCUGCCGCUGCGUGCCGAGAGGCAGGGGGACCAUGAAGAUGAUCCACUUUCGGAGCUCCAGCACCAAAUCGCUCAGCCAGGAGAUGAAAUGCACCAUCCGGCUGCUGGACGACUCGGAGAUCUCCUGCCACAUCCAGAGGGAGACCAAAGGGCAGUUUCUUAUUGACCACAUCUGCAACUACUACAGCUUGCUGGAGAAGGACUACUUUGGCAUUCGUUAUGUGGACCCAGAGAAGCAGCGGCACUGGCUUGAACCGAACAAGUCAAUCUGCAAGCAAAUGAAAUCUCAUCCACCAUACACCAUGUGCUUUAGAGUGAAAUUCUACCCACAUGAACCCCUGAAGAUUAAAGAAGAGCUCACAAGGUACCUUUUGUACCUGCAGAUUAAGAGAGAUAUUUUCCACGGUCGAUUACUCUGCUCCUUCUCAGAUGCUGCCUACCUGGGUGCAUGUAUCAUUCAAGCUGAGCUCGGUGAUUAUGAUCCUGAUGAGCAUCCUGAGAAUUACAUCAGUGAGUUUGAGAUUUUCCCUAAGCAAUCACAGAAGCUGGAAAGAAAAAUGGCAGAAAUCCAUAAAAGCGAGCUCAGAGGCCAGAGCCCGCCGGUUGCUGAAUUUAACUUACUCCUGAAAGCUCACACUUUGGAAACCUACGGGGUGGAUCCUCACCCAUGCAAGGAUUCAACAGGCACAACCACAUUUUUGGGAUUCACUGCUGCAGGCUUUGUGGUAUUUCAGGGAAAUAAGAGAAUCCAUUUGAUAAAAUGGCCAGAUGUCUGCAAAUUGAAGUUUGAAGGGAAGACAUUUUAUGUGAUUGGCACCCAGAAGGAGAAAAAAGCCAUGUUGGCAUUCCAUACCUCAACACCAGCUGCCUGCAAACAUCUUUGGAAGUGUGGGGUGGAGAACCAGGCCUUUUAUAAGUAUGCCAAGUCCAGUCAGAUCAAGACUGUGUCCAGCAGCAAGAUCUUUUUUAAAGGAAGUAGAUUCCGAUACAGCGGAAAGGUUGCCAAAGAGGUGGUGGAGGCGAGUUCCAGAAUCCAGAGGGAACCUCCAGAGGUGCACAGAACCAACAUUACCCAGAGCCGCAGUUCCCACUCCUUGAACAAACAGCUCAUUAUUAACAUGGAGCCCCUGCAGCCCUUGCUGCCUGCCCCCAGCGAGCAGGAAGAGGACCUUCCUCCGGGUGAGGGUAUUCCUUUGCCCAAAGAAGAUGCCAUUUCUGCCCCCUUGAUCUCCAGCUCACCGGUGAAAGAAGCUCGGGAGUAUGAAGCACCCCCAAGCGAAGAGGAAGAUAAAAUAAAAGAAGAGCCUUUGACUAUCUCUGAACUGUCAUACAACCCCAGUGCAAGCCUGCUCCCCACCCCAGUUGACGAUGAUGAGAUUGACAUGCUCUUUGACUGUCCAUCUAGGCAUGAGUUGGAAAGAGAAGACCUGGAUUCGUUUGAGGAACUAGAAGCAGAUGAAAAUGCCUUUUUGAUGGCCGAAGAAGAGGAGCUAAAGGAGGCUCACCGAGCUUUGUCGUGGAGCUAUGACAUUCUGACCAGCCACAUUCGGGUGAACCCACUGGUCAAGAGUUUUUCCAGGCUCCUUGUGGUGGGCCUGGGGCUGCUGCUCUUUGUAUUCCCCCUGCUCCUCCUCCUUUUGGAGUCAGGUAUUGAUCUCUCCUUCUUAUGUGAAAUCCGCCAGACGCCAGAAUUUGAGCAGUUUCACUAUGAGUAUUACUGUCCUCUUAAGGAGUGGGUGGCUGGCAAAGUAAACCUCAUUCUCUACAUGCUGGGUUGCUCAUAAAUACAUAUCUCAUAUGACUAAGGGCUAUAUUCAAUAUUAGUGAUGUGUUUUUCUCAAGCAAAUGCCUGGUUCUGAAUGGUCAUGGAGCCAUCAACACGUAUUCCUUACUCAAAAUUGAUUAUUCAGGCCUUUAGUUAGCUUUCCAUAAUUCACUGCACUUAAUAAGUUUAAAUCAAACACAGUAAUUUCAGUUACAGGUCAGGAAGAUGGCCUUUAACCCAAAAUGUUUAUUUUUAUUAUAUCACAGGCAGACUCUUUAUCUAUUAUAAUACAUAAUACAUUGAGCUGAAUUAGAUUUCCCGCCUUUUUAAUAGUUAUCAUCAUUAUAAGAUAUAAGGUUCAGGAUCAGAAUUUUAGUCAAAAUUCAAGAGAAGGUUUUUGAAUAUAAUCCUUAGUAAAAACAAUGUCCUCUAACCAAUGCCUAUACAGUUAAAUUAAUGCUGGGUUUUUGUUUUUUUAAAAAUAUUUUUAUGUGUUCAGAAUAUUUUGGUAAAUUUUUAGCAAAAAAGAAAAAAAAAGAAG